CACAAGACCUUGGCUAGCGGAGCAGUGCGAAACCAAAGGGUAACGGGUCCACAUUUUGUGUUAUGUAGUGUCUCAGAGGCGUAACUGGCACCAUGGCCGCGGAGAACCAAAACCUAGGGGUCUUUUGGAGCGAACGAGGUGACUGUUUUCUGUGAAUUCCUUUGAGUUUUCACGGCGCAGGAUUAAAGCUCCCCGAGGCUGUACUUACUAUAUCAGCGGAAGGCAUUGUCUAUGCGUGCGUGGCGGCUCUUGUUGUCGGCGGCAGUGUCUGGCUAGCUCAGCCGCACAUCUCCAGCCUCGUUAGCAGGUUAGCAAGCCAACAUUGUGUGCUUACGUCGACGCUGAGCUAGCAGGGUUGCUAGCUUGGCCGGUUCGUGUGGUGGGAGCCGGACUGUAGGUGAUGUUGUCCGUGCUGUCGUACGGUAGACUGGUUGCCAGAGCUGUCAUCGGCGGACUCUCUCAGACAGACAGCCGCGACUACAGCCUGGUGACAGCGAGCUGCGGCUUCGGCAAGGAUUUCCGUAAAGGCAUCCUGAAGAAAGGAAUGUGCUAUGGGGACGACGCGUGCUUCAUUGCCCGGCACAGAUCCGCCGAUGUUUUGGGUGUGGCAGAUGGAGUAGGUGGCUGGCGAGACUAUGGCGUGGACCCGUCACAGUUUUCAGGUACACUGAUGAAGACAUGUGAGCGGCUGGUGAAGGAAGGACGCUUUGUUCCCAGUAACCCUGUGGGAGUCCUCACGACCAGCUACUACGAGCUGCUGCAGAACAAAGUGCCACUGCUGGGUAGUAGCACGGCCUGCAUUGUGGUUUUGGACCGGCAGAGUCACCGGCUGCACACUGCAAACUUGGGAGACUCCGGCUUCCUAGUGGUCCGGGGAGGGGAGGUCGUCCACCGCUCAGACGAGCAGCAGCACUACUUCAACACGCCCUUCCAGCUGUCCAUCGCUCCCCCGGGGGCUGAGGGGGCCGUCCUCAGUGACAGCCCUGAUGCGGCAGACAGCUCUUCCUUCGAUGUCCAGCUGGGUGACAUCAUCCUCACUGCUACUGAUGGGCUCUUUGACAACAUGCCUGACUACAUGAUCUUGCAAGAGCUGAAGAAGCUUAAGAACACAAAUUAUGAGAGCAUCCAGCAGACUGCCCGGAGCAUUGCAGAGCAGGCCCAUGUACUGGCAUAUGACCCCAACUACAUGUCGCCUUUUGCACAGUUUGCCUGUGACAAUGGACUGAAUGUAAGAGGAGGAAAGCCAGAUGACAUCACAGUACUGCUGUCCAUAGUGGCAGAGUACACUGACUAAGAGUCAGUGCGGAGCUGUGACAAGGGAGCAUCUGCCUCUGCAGGGGAUGGACUGCUUUGAUUCCUGCUGGCCAGGAUGAGGGACUAAUGCCAGAUGCUUCCCCCGCAUACACUGGUUCUACUCUGCCUCAACCCCCAGCUGACCAUCAUCCCCUUCUACCCCCCAAGAGAACUCCUUCAAGUCCACUUCUCUGUGAUCAUGUGCAUCAGAGAGUUGCUGAAUAAAGAGGACCAGAGGCCUGCCACAUCCUCUUGGCCAGGCUGCAGUGUUGGCAUCUUUGCAGUGUUCCAGUGCUCAGUGGAUAAUCCCAUAUCCGGGGAUAAGCAGUCACUGGGCAUGUUGGAGAUGAGGAGGAUAAGUCGUCUUUCUCUGAUGGGUGAUUUGGGCAGGGAGGAAAUUGAGUUUCAGAGAUGGGGGCAGAUGUAGCCAGACAGUAGAUGUUAGACUGUUAAAGUGGCACCACACUGGGCUGCCAGAAGGGAGAGAUACAGUCGACAAGUACUGUCAAGGAGGGAAGUGCACAGGAAAUGGCAGCAUUAGGGCUUAAUAAAUGGCCUGCUUUGUGCAAGCGGAUGUUGGUCAAAGGGCCUGGAACCUUGUAUGGGGGUGCAGGGAGCAUAUGUUAGAUAAUGAGAUGGCUGGUGUGCUGUUGUGGGAUGUUUUGUUAAUAUGUUUGGAAAAAAUUAGUGUAUGUGACAUUUAUACAUCUGUGGUUAGUUUCUUUGGCCAGGUUUAUCCAAUACGAUUUCACAAAGAAGAGCGGCAGCUGCCUUUUCCAUACCGGUGCAAUUCAUGUCUUGCACAUAUUUUGUUACUUCCUGGGAAGAGUAUUUUUCAGUUCAAAAGCCUCUGGAGAUAUGUUGUGUCAAACUGAUGCCCUCCCUUUAAUCUCACAGCUGCUGCUACUGCUUGAUUGUGGUUACAUGUGAGGUGUGUAUGAAUAUGUUUGGUUGAUGAAUGCAAUCACGUGCUUGUCAGUGUGUCCAUUGAUAUGUGUAGUUAGUGUGUAUGAAAUGGAUGUGAAGGCUACAGACUUCUUUAUAUCCACUGGGCUGAAUUGGUCUUGCAGCCUUAAACGCACAAGCUUAAAAAGCAUAUCUGAAAAAGCUCAACACAGUGGAAGUUGGUCAACUGACCAAAUGUAUUUUUGUAACUUCUUUGUUCAGAGGGAUUGUUGAAUUCUUUGGACUGAUCACCACAUCAGAGUAGCUUUAGAAACUGUUGUUCACAAUCAGUGUUUCCUUUUCUUCUUUCUCCCUUCUGCUGUAGAGCUCCAAUGGCACAUUCAUAAGUCAGGUCACUGCAGGUUUUCAAGUGAAAAAUGCUCAUGUUUCCAUCACAUCACUAUGGAUUUGCACUCUGCAUUUACUGCAACUUUUACCCACAUUUAAAAAUAUUUCUUUGUAAAAAUCCAUAUUUAGUGUAAUGUUGUGAUGAUGUGCCUUGUAUCAGGUGUUGUUGAUACUGGCAGAAAUUUCCAUAAUUCCUUAAAACCCGACUAUGUGCCAGGUACAGAGCACAAAGCCUGAAACUGUGAAGUAGCCAUAAGAGACAAAACAGCUUUCCCAUCAUGCCCUGCUGUCUUAACACUAGGUCUUUUCAACUACAGCAUGUUCAACCUUUUUUCUCCUGAAAUCUGCUUCUCUGCAGUCAGUCAGGAGUUUAGGAAUAGUGACAAAGCCAGCCCAUGCUUAGAAAAUCCUCCCUGUGGGUCUUCAGAUCACUGUUUACAAUCUCCACUGUCUAAUCGACUGUUUCCCAACCUAAUCUGACAAGUUCACACUGGAAGACAGCAGUGUCAGAUGUCAUUUUGAAAUGGGGCUGAUGGGCAUGGAAGAGCAGAGAGAUUAGUGAAUGUUCAAAAUGUGAAAUUUAAGUAUUAUAGCACUGAGGACAAUCUAAGCAGCCUUAACAAUUUUACAAAGCAAUUAUCCCAUUCAGAUGUUACCACUCUCAGCUUUGUGUUUCCUGUUUCCUGACUCAUACCUGCCCUGACACUCUUCCCUUUCGUUUCCCAUCAACGUUAUCUUCCUAUACUUUGUUACAACCACAGCAUGUCCACACACACACAAAAUAAAUAUAUAAAUAU